UCCGGAGGCUCUCACUCUGACAUUUCACACAUACAACCCCUCCGGAGAAAGUCAGAAGGAUCUUCAGAGUUUAGUGCUUGUCUGAAAGCUGCUAUAGAGGCGGAUAAAAAAGGAUAUUCAAUCCUUUAAAAAACUGGCGCCAACAUGGAGAAUAACUGCACCUUCCUAUACUUUGCAUAUGGUAGCAACCUGCUGAAGGAGCGGCUGCAGCUCAGGAACCCCUCUGCAAUGGUAAACUGUGUGGCCAUGCUCAAGGACUAUAAAUUAGUGUUUGGGAACUAUAAAGGCCUUGCCAAUGACCGGUGGCAUGGAGGUGUGGCCACCAUAGAGCACAGCCCAGGGGACGAGAUGUGGGGUGUGGUGUGGAGGAUGAACAUGUCCGAUCUGGAGUCUCUAGACAGUCAAGAAAAUGUGACAUUAGGUGCGUACAACCCUGUGGAUGUAUCAGUGAACACAAAAGGCCAGGAGCUCAACUGUCGUACCUACAUAAUGUACAGCUGCGUGUACGCCCCACCAUCACCACAUUACCUACAGGUGAUAGUGAUGGGAGCAGAGCAGAACGGCCUGCCAAGGGACUACCAGGAGAAGCUGAGAGCAAUCAAGACCAACAUGUAUGAGGGUCCUCUGCCCAUGAUGGCUGAACUAGAGAGAGCAAAGGAGAAGGCCAACCACCGCUCUGACGCUUGAAGAUUCAGCCUGCGUCAGGUCCAGUUUUUAUCAUAGGAAAGAACCUGUAACACUGUUUACUUCAUGCUUAACUUAAUCCCACCUGCCAGGACUGUGACAGAGACCACUGUCAACGAAAGAUUUAAUAAAGAAUUCAUGGGUUCAGCA